AUGCGUAUCACCGUCAGCGUGAUCCGCCCCGAUGCGGACUCCGACCUCAUCAACCUGGAAGUUGGCGGUGACAUGACAAUCGAGCUUCUGAAAGCCAUUGUUCAAAGCGAUACCGGCAUCGCUCCAGAAGCCCAGCAGAUCACCCUUGAAUCAGUGGGAAUCUCCGAAGGCGACAUGCUUGGGGUGCACGUCACUCUCCGCACUCCCCAACAACCGACCCCUCGUCCGUCCGCCCCCUCCAGCUCAAGACAACCUGCCCCGCGCCCCGGAAUGCCCGACCCGGAAACAAUCCGGCUACACAUUCUGGGUGAUCCUCGCGUGCGCGAGGCUGUGCGCAGGCAGAACCCAGAACUCUCCGAGGCAGCCGACAACGCCCAGCGGUUCCGCGAGGUUCUGCUGAGGCAGCAGCAGAGCGAGGCACAGCAAGAAGCUCAGAAGGAAGCUCGCAUCGCUAUGCUUAAUGCCGAUCCGUUCAACCCUGAUAACCAGAAGGAAAUUGAGGAGAUCAUUCGCCAGAAUGCCGUUACUGAAAACCUACACAAUGCCAUGGAGCACCACCCAGAGUCAUUCGGGCGUGUUACUAUGCUCUACAUCCCCGUCGAAGUCAACGGUCACCGCCUGAACGCCUUUGUCGACUCCGGCGCCCAAGUCACAAUCAUGUCCCCCGAAUGCGCCACAGCCUGUAACAUCAUGCGCCUCGUCGACCGCCGCUACGGCGGUAUCGCCAAGGGAGUCGGCACCGCCCCAAUCCUCGGCCGUGUCCACUCGGCCCAGAUCAAAAUCGGCGAGAUGUUCCUCCCUUGCUCCUUCACCGUCAUGGAGGGUAAGCAAAUCGACCUGCUGCUGGGACUCGACAUGCUUCGUCGCCACCAAGCCUGUAUCGAUCUCCAGCGUGGUGCACUCGUCAUUCAGGACCAGGCUGUCCCCUUCCUCGGCGAGGGGGAUAUCCCCAAGGAACUCACUGACGAGUUCGAAGCCGAACCUACAGUGAAGGGCGCCGAUGGAGCGGAAGUUGGCGCCCGUACUGGAGCCGUGACUCAUAAAGCCGAAAAUAACGCUCCUAGCUCUAGCUCUGCUCCGGCCCCGGCUUCUGCUCCGGCUGCUGCGCCCAGGAUCAACAUCCGACCCGCGUCGAGGUGGCCCCAGGAUUCCAUUGCCAAGAUCACGGAGCUGGGUUUCUCGCGCGAGGAAGCCGUUCGCGCCCUCGACGCGGCUCACGGUGACUUGGACGGUGCCAUUGGAUUCCUUAUUUGA